AUUUCCGUGUUACCCGGAAGCUGAAUCCCUCAGCUACAAAUGCUACAGAUAUGCUAACAGUAUUACAGAUACGGAUCAUGAAUUCACACAUUGCUGAGUAUUUUAACCGUGGCUUCACAAAUGAGGAGAUUCUUGCGUUAUUAGCUGAAUCACAUGGCAUUACUAUCAGCCUUCGUACACUUGAAAGGAUUUUACACAACAACCGACUUUGGCGCAGAAAGAACAAAACAGAGGUGGGAGAGGUGGCAGUUUUUAUACAAGCACAACUGGCAACCUCAGGACAGUGUCAUGGGUAUCGUUGGAUGCACCAGAAGUGUUGGAUGAAUGGCAUUGUUACUGACAGAGAAACCGUUCGUCUUCUGCUCCGUUUAUUCGAUGGAGAAGGUGUGGAUUUGAGGUCACGUAGACGACUGCGGAGGCGAGUGUAUCAUAGCAGAGGCCCCAACUAUGUGUGGCAUAUCGACGGCUACGAUAAGCUGAAGCCAUUUGGGAUUGCAAUCAGUGGAUGCAUUGACGGCUUUUCAAGGAGUGUAAUAUGGCUAGACGCUUACAAGACAAAUAAUGACCCGAGAGUAAUUGCUGGCUACUUCAUGGAUGCCGUGAUUCAACAAGGUGGUUGCCCUGAUCGAGUGAGAUUAGAUCUAGGAACAGAAAACGUCCAUGUGGCUCACAUGCAACGAUUUUUGCACUUUACAGACAAUGAACCAGAAAGAGAGCACGUCAUAUUUGGAGCAAGUACAGGAAAUCAACGCAUUGAAAGAUGGUGGCUAAUCUUACGAAGCCAGUGUAUCCAGUACUGGAUUGAACUAUUUGACAAACUAAGAGAGGAUGGCCACUUCUCAGACUCUUUCUUGGACAAAUCAUUGGUCCAGUUCUGUUUUCUUCACAUUAUACAGGAAGAAUUAAAUGAAGUUGCUUUGGCCUGGAAUGACCACAGAAUGCGCCCAGUCCACAACUCCCGAAGUCCUUACGGCCGACCAUCUUUUAUGUAUGCCCUCCCAGACAUUUAUGGCGCGAGGGACUGUCUCAAACAUAUCAAUAUGGACAAAGUUGAAGCCUGCCUUGAAGAAUGCGUGUUCAAAGACUUUCCAUGUGAAGAGGAUGUUUUUCAUCUCUGUGUAGAACUCAUGUCAGAACAUAACCUGGACUUCUCAGAUGAUGUGUUUCAUACAGUGGAUCUGUAUGUAAAGCUAAGGCAGUUGAUGCUUACUGAGUUGGAGCUUUUGCCUUAAAGGUUAGACAUCAUUAUGCAUUUGAUUGAGGUGGCAAAAACACAUUCUUUGACCCUUGUCCUUCAGGGACAUCUAGGGAUAUUUAGGGCACACCCCCCCUUUUGUUUGGUUUUAAUUUUGCUACAUUUGCUGUCUGCAACAAAUAUUACCCCAAAAGACACUUUUUUAAUGCUGUAUUUUGAUAUUUAAACUCUAACCUUUUAUGAGUUAUUAAUUCAUGGAUGGUUGUCGUUUUGGGGGCACACAUACAUGGGUUUUGAGGGCCUGAAAAUGUAUUUCACAAACAGGGCCAAGUGAAAAAGGCUAUAAAAAUUGUAUUUAAUUUUUGGAGGGUUUUUUUUUAAUUUAUUUUUUGGGAUGGUUUAUUUCAAUUAACAAACCAUUUUUUUGCGUUAAAAACCUUAUUAUUAAAACACAUGUACACAAUGUCUGUUAAACCUGCUAUUUGGAGGACGUCAUAAAGGAUAUGCAACGAAUGUCACCUUGGAAUUAUGAUUUCAACUUUUUGUAAAUAUGCUUUUUUAUCUUUCUUUUUAUUUGAGUAAUUAUUGAUAUUUUGAAAUAUCUGGUUAUGUAGCAGUAAUUUUUUUUUCAUUGUCAUUUUUUUUUUUUUACUGCUGAGACUUUUUUAUAUAUACUGACUGUUUUCCUGAUUAUGGGCAGUGUAAUUAUAUAUUUUUUAGCAUAUGGACAUUUAUGGACCUAUGUUUUUUUUUUUCAGAUUGUGCCUCAGAAUAAUAAAAACCCAGAAUUUACCA